GCUAUAUUGUUUUGUUUUGUUCCUUUUUUUUUUAUUGUGUUUUAUUUUUAUUGUUUUUAGUUUCCUUGAAAAGAGAUUAAAAAGCUUCUCAUAUAAAAUCUAACAGCACUUUUUUGCCAACUAUUUUUCAUUCUAUUUAUUUUUAGUUAGAUGAUCGCAAGGCUGAUUUAUUGAUGGGUGGUUCGUUUUGUUUAAAGGAAAGAUAUGAACUGUACUCCUCCACUUUUCCAUAUAUUUCAUUGGCUGUGUUAAUAGUACUCAAAAGGCGUAAAACUUACACUUACAUGGGAAAUCUCCUCUAUCCUUUUGAUAAUUACACUUGGUCGAUUCUUUUCGGACUGAUGAUAUAUCGAAGUAUUGAAGAAAAAAUUUUUGGAAAAAAAUUUACCAAACGUCUCCACAUAAUUCCAUGGCUUUUGAGUUUUAUUGUUAUUCGAAGUGCUUACGAAGGUUUGAUUUUCAAAAGUCUCAAAGAAAAACAUUUAAAUGAUGGACCUCAAACAAUCGAAGAAGCUUUGAGUGAUGGUUAUAAAUUUAUCACCAAUUCAGCGGCAUAUGCUUUUGUACAUCAUGUUCCGGAUUUGGAAAAUAAUACAAUUUACAUAGAUUCUGGAAAAAUGGAAGUCGUUGAAAUAUUUGUAAAAAGUGAAGAAAAACUUGCCUUGAUUUUGGAUGAUCAUUUUGCUGUGUUAUUUAAGAACGCCUCAUUUAACUUUGAAGAUUAUUAUGUGUUUCGGGAGCCAUUAUUUGUGAUGUAUACUUGCAUUUAUUUUCCAAAAUCAUCAUCUUUACAAUUUGAAUUUCAAAAUCGAUUGAUGGAGUUAUUUUUGCAUGGACAUCUUGGUAAAAUUCUUAAAAAAUAUUCUGUCAAAGAGUUAUUUAAGAAAGCCCAAGGACAACAUGAGAUUAAAGCAAUACCUUUAAAGCAGUUGAAAGAACUUUUUUAUUGGUUUGCUAUCUUAUGCGGCUUGAGUUUUUGCUUAUUUGUUUUGGAACUGUUGUCGAACAAAUUUUCGAAUAUUAAAAUUUUUCUUGAUUUAAUGUAUUAAGUUAAGAAGAAUACAAAUUAUGUGUAUGAAUAAAAACUUCAUUAUUGGUGUUAAAUAAAUGUAUUUGGUGUGAAAACUAAAUAAAACUGUUAUUAAAUUCUUCCUUAUUUCUUGAGCUUUCUUUAACUAUAGACGACAUAGUCAGUCAAUCAUCAAGUGAGCUCGUUUUCAUUCAACAAAGCAUCUCUAAUGCAACAAAAGCUUGUAUAAUUUGUACAAUUCUUUGAAUAAGUAUUUCAAUAUUUGUUUUCAACAAUCGUGAUAAAAAAAAAGUUUCAAAAUAAUUCAAACUUAUUCC